GGCCCGGUCGUCCUUCCCUCCGCACGUGUCCGCCCCGCUAUGCUACCUCUGCUGCGCUGCGUGCCCCGCGCCCUGGGCGCCGUCGCCACGGGCCUUCGCGCCGCCGUCCCCGCCCCGCCGCUUCGGCAGCUACUGCAGCCGGUGCCCAGGCCGUGCCUCCGGCCCUUCGGUCUGCUCAGCGUGCGAGCGGGCUCCGCGCGGCGCUCCGGCCUCCUGCAGCCCCCGGAGCCCUGCGCGUGCGGCUGUGGCUCUCUGCACACCGAAGGAGACAAAGCCUUUGUUGAGUUCUUGACUGAUGAAAUUAAGGAAGAGAGGAAAAUCCAGAAGCAUAAGUCCCUUCCCAAGAUGUCUGGAGACUGGGAGCUGGAAGUGAAUGGGACGGAGGCUAAAUUAUUGCGCAAAGUUGGUGGAGAAAAGAUUGCUGUCACUUUCAACAUUAACAAUAGCAUCCCUCCAACGUUUGAUGGCGAGGAGGAGCCCUCCCAAGGGCAGAAGGCUGAAGAACAGGAGCCGGAACUGACAUCAACUCCCAAUUUUGUGGUUGAAGUUACCAAGAGUGAUGGCAAGAAGACCCUCGUGCUGGACUGUCAUUACCCUGAGGAUGAGAUCGGACAGGAAGAUGAAGCAGAGAAUGACAUUUUCUCUAUCAAGGAAGUUAGCUUCCAGAGCACUGGUGACUCUGAAUGGAGGGACACUAACUACACACUCAACACGGAUUCCCUGGACUGGGCCUUGUAUGACCACCUAAUGGAUUUUCUCGCGGACCGAGGGGUGGACAACACUUUUGCGGACGAGUUGGUAGAGCUCAGCACAGCCCUAGAGCACCAGGAAUACAUCGCUUUCCUUGAGGACCUCAAAAGCUUUGUCAAGAGCCAGUAGACCCGGCAGAGACUGGAGGCCUGAGUUCAAAUGGCAGCUUUGGCCAGUGAACAAAAGCUGCCUAGACAUCAGAAUUAUGCUUUGAAAUGGCUGCCAUCCUAAUAUCAUGUGAGGAACAAAGCAAGCUUAACAGUUUGUUGCUGUUACACUUCCAUUUGCUGUUCAUUUGGGUUUUUUCUUCCCCUAUACAAAUCUAUUAUUUGUAGAUUUUUGU